CAUAACCAAUUACCAAUGUGGCCCCAAAAUAUCACAUUUCCCGCUCCUCGGAAAUGACUUCAGUUAUUGCUUGGUUCCUAUUCCUUAUAUUUCUAUGUUCAUGAUUUGUGUUGCAUGUUUUUCUUGAUUGUAUGAAGUAUUGUAAAAUAAUAAGAUGGGCAAAGCAAAAAAGAUAAAGGUUUCUAAACAACCUAAAACAGCUUUAGGUGAUCAAAUAGAAGAAGAAAAAGCUGUAAAAUCGAACAACAGGCGAAAGGUCAGAAUUCGCCAUGAAGAUGAUGAUAAGUUUGUGGAUCCUGCUCUUACAAAACGAAUUCUAUCUCAAGCCAGACGACAACAAAUGGAAAUUGAAGAAGAAAGUGGAAUUGGACAAAGUACAAGAUCUAUAAAGAAACCAUUAACAAAACUUGACACUAAUGCUGAAUUUAGUGAUUCAGAGGAAGUAUCAAGUGAAGAUGAACAGGAUACUGCACAAUAUUAUCAAGAUAUUAAAAUAAAUGAAGAAGAUGAAAGAGCUAUACAAAUGUUCAUGUCUAAGGAUCCUGCCCCUAUGAAGACUUUGGCUGAUAUAAUAUUAGAAAAGUUAACAGAAAAGAAAACAGAAAUUGAAACUCAAUUUUCAGAUGCAGGCUCAAUUCAAAUGCAAGAAUUAGAUCCAAGGGUGAAAGCAAUGUAUGAAGGUGUUAGAGAUGUAUUAACAAAAUAUCGCAGUGGAAAAUUACCUAAAGCAUUCAAAAUUGUUCCUAAUUUAAAAAAUUGGGAACAAAUAUUAUAUAUUACUGAUCCAACAAAAUGGUCAGCUGCAGCAAUGUAUCAAGCUACUCGAAUAUUUGCCUCUAAUCUUAAAGAAAAAAUGGCGCAAAGAUUUUAUAACUUAAUAUUAUUACCACGAAUUAGAGAUGACUUAGCAGAAUAUAAAAGAUUAAAUUUUCAUUUAUAUGAAGCAUUACGGAAAGCUCUGUAUAAACCUGCUGGUUUCAUGAAAGGAAUUUUACUUCCACUUUUAGAAUCUGGAACCUGUACAUUAAGAGAAGCUGUUAUUAUUGGAUCUGUGCUUGCUAAAAAUUCAAUACCAAUUUUACAUUCUUCAGCAGCAAUAUUAAAAAUUGCAGAAAUGGAUUACACUGGAGCUAAUAGCAUUUUUCUUAGAAUAUUUUUAGAUAAAAAAUAUGCUCUUCCAUAUAGAGUUAUUGAUGCAGUGGUAUUUCAUUUUCUUAGAUUUGAAAGAGAUCCUAGAGAGCUUCCAGUUUUAUGGCAUCAGGCAUUAUUAACUUUUGUACAACGUUAUAAGGGUGAUAUUAGUUCUGAACAAAAAGAAGCUUUAUUAGGAUUAUUAAGGAAACAAUCUCAUCAUACAAUUACAGCUGAAAUAAGAAGAGAAUUGCAACAUGCUAAAUGCAGAGACAUAGAAAUCACAGAACCUAAAUUAGAACCUAUGAUUUGCUAGAUAUUUGUAUUUUAUUAAUUUUGUAAAUUAAAGCAUUAAUAGUUAUAAAAUGAAAUUCAUCUUUUUUA